AGCUCACUUCGAUAUUCGUUUUGAUACAAUGAUAAAGCUUAGGAUUUCAGAGAAGUUAUGUCAGUUAUUAGGGAUAGUACCAUCUCCUAAUCGUUCAAAGAGAAUAGGAUCAGCGUUAAUCUUCGGUUUUGGUUGCAUCAUUGGAGUUUCAGUACUCAUUCUAACAGCUAUCAUCUUCAUGUUCCCAUAUAUUUCUCCAUCACUAAUGAAUCCGAUGCUUCAAAACAAUCUUAAUAAGUACUACCACAAAAUUUCUUCUCCCCAUAAUUCACAAUCUUUACCUAGUGGUACCACUACUAGUUCUCCUCCACCACCGCCUCCUCCUCCUUCAUCUUCAUCUUCAUCUCCUCCACCUCCUCCUCAAUCUCCAAAGUUGUUCGACAUCUCGACUGAAAACAGUCGAACCGGCAUAAAUUACACCGAAAACAGUGACGACAACUCAAGUAGUAAUGUUUCCAUUGAUCUUCCAAAAGAAGGAGAACUAGUGGAUGCAAAAGAAAAUAUUUUAAGCACUUCCCCAAGUAACUCUUCAUCAAGUUAUAGUGAUACCGCAUAUGGUGGUGAUGAUGAUGAUUCUUCGGAUGCAGAUUGUGAUAUUUAUGAUGGCGAAUGGGUUAGAAACGUCAAUCAGGAACCAUAUUACCCUCCUGGUUCUUGCCCAUACAUCGAAAAACAACCUUUCGAUUGUUACUUGAAUGGGAAACGUGAUAACGAGUACCUAAAUUGGCAGUGGCAGUGGAAAUCUCAUCCAAGAAAUACAGGGUGCAAGAAGAAUAUCCCCAGCCUUUUCAAUGGAACAGAUUUCUUAGAGAGGCUGAGAGGGAAAAAGUUGGUACUUUCUGGGGAUUCCUUGAAUAGAAAUAUGUACGAGUCUCUCGUUUGUAUGCUUUGGAAUGCCGUUCCAGAUAAGACCAAAGUUGUUAGGCCAUCUAUGCAAUCAGAAUACAAGACAAGAGGAGAUAUGUCUUUAAUUUUCAAGGACUACAACUGUACCGUAGCAUAUGUAUGGUCUGUGUUUCUAGUAAAUGAAACGAAUUCAAAGACCCGUAGAAGCCGGGGAAGUGAAUUAAAACAAGAAGUGGAGACUCUAAGGCUGGACCAGAUUGAUGGGCUCGCAGCAUCCGUCUAUCAAGAUGCUGAUAUUGUAGUUUUCGACUCAUAUCAUUGGUGGGUUGAGGGCAAAACUAAUAAUGGAAUUAACUAUUUUCAAGAAGGGGAUUACUUGUACCCGAAACUGGAGAUAAAUAAAGCAUUCAAAAAAGCUCUUACUACUUGGAGGAAAUGGAUUGACAACAACAUUGAUUCUGCCAAAACCCAAGUUGUUUUCCGAGGAUUUUCACUUUCUCAAUACGUAGGAGGGAAAUGGAAUACCGGUGGAAAAUGCAAUUUAGAAACAGAGCCUAUAACGAGUAAAGAAAAAUACGUAAACCCAGAUCAAUCACAACUGACAAUACUAGAAGACACUCUUCGGACAAAUGAAGACUCCUGUAAUAUAUAUGAAUGUCAGUAAACUCACUUAUUAUCGCUCUGAUGGACAUCCUUCACUGUAUGGAAGAAAUUACACUGCUCAAGAGAGAGUUGCAGCUAUUCAGGAUUGUAGUCAUUGGUGUUUACCAGGUGUACCUGAUACGUGGAAUGAGUUGUUGUAUAUUUCUCUAGUGAAGGCUGGUAAAGGCUCUUACGGUCUCCGAUAGCAAAAGAGUGAUCUCUGGAUUAAGUUGAAAUAGAGUGUGAAGUAAUACUCACUAUUCCAGCAACAUUGUACUGGACGCACUUCAGAACCAUUGGUAUAUAAAUUUGGUAAUCGUUCCCCUUGCAAGUGAUAUUACGAAUUUGAAUAUUUGUCUCUAUUCCUGCUCGACCGUCAGUGUAUACUUCCAUCCCUGUGUGCAUUAAAUUCCUUAUUAUAUCAAACAUUUUUCUUUUGGUUGG